UCCCUCUCAGGUUGUCUGGCACCAUCAUUCCUCCUCGUCUGGGGCGCCUCACAUCUCACGCCAUCCGUCCAGUUCCUCCUCAACUCAGCCUUACCACGCCAAUCUUUCCCCUGGAGAGACAUUGCCCGUUGUACGGAGUACAGUCCCUGACUUGAACUAACCGUCAUGUUCACACUAUCAUCUUAGUUCGCCCGGUGGCAGGUUAGCGUGGACCCCAUGCUGAAAGUGAACUCUGGACUCCUACGGACUCAAGGACUGUGGCCUGCGGUCUGCGGACUCGCAGACCAAGACGUUCAUUUCCAUUUUGUUCCUUGCGCCUCGUCCAAUCGCACCUCCCCCACGAAAAGAGCGCGCCCCCGGCAGCCCUACAACUGCUCUCCUCUCUUCUCAGCUGUGCCCCAGCAUCUCAAUCCCCUUCUCCCCCCCCCUGAUUUCUGGCUGGGCAACAAAAAGACUGAGAUGCCUGUCUUUGCGUGACUGAACUUGGGCUUCUCAGCUUUCUCUCAUCUUUUCGAUCUUUUUACGCUCGCUACCUGUCUUGAUACCGCUCGUUCGCUCGCCCGUACUUACAGUAACUCUAACUUACCUUGCGCACUUACACCAACCCUCGUCAACUCGCGAGUCACGGAGGAAGCCCACCUUUGACAAGGGCAAUAGAGAUACCUCCGAUACCGAAGACGACGGCCGUCCCGAUAUGAGUUACGCCGGAAACAAUGACGCACAAUAGAGGCUUUGGUGCUUCUUACCAACCUCCAGACGCGCCGCAGCAGAGACCACGACUGGCGCACCAGAGUUCCAACGUGUCCGACGUCAGCGACUUUGAGAGCCCUUCUUACGACGGGCAGCAUUCGGCAGCAAUUCGUGGGAGGGAUUCCCUGGUCUCGCUCCAGUCCUACUCUAAUCACACUUCGCCGUCGCCGCACGACUCGGACCAUCAACUUCACCGGCGACCCUCGACGACUUCCACCUGGACCGCAUCCUUUUCCUACACUGGAGCUGCCGGAUAUGCGUCUCUGCCUCCGCCUUCCGGCCCUGAUUUCCCUAGAACGCCCUCGCACUUGAGGCGGAAUGUUGGUCGCGCACCAUCGCGACGCGGACACGAGACCAUCCCCGAGGAAGAGCAUGAUCUCUCCCUCCUGCGCUCCGCCGCACCCAUAGGCCAAUCGUCGCAGUACGAGUCGGUUCCGGAUAACGAACCCAUUUUCGAUGUAACUGCUGCGCUUGGCCCGAUGGGCUAUCAAGAUGAUGCGUUCCUUAGAAGAUUGCAGGAACAGGAGGCGAGCGGUCAUCUCACCGGUGGUCUCGGGGCUGGGUUCAGGCCGGACACCACGAUCAAGGGCGAGGAUCUGCUCUCGUCGUCCCCGUUGCCUAAGAGGUCCUCCCUUACGCGGUCCUUUUCUCGUCGUCAGAAGUUGGGUCGUGCAGCCACCAUCAAGGACCGCGGCCAGGAUGAGGCUAAUAAGCAGGGGAAGGUCAUUGAGGUCAUCAUCGAAGACACCCCCGAGGAGGCCGCUCGGCGGCAGGUAGACCAGGUCGAUCUCAGCGUUGUCGCGGGACCGAGCAUCAUGGGCGACGACGCAAGCAUACGGCACGCCACGUUCCCCGUCAACAGGAGCCAGAGGACACAGGUCUUUUACCCGCAGCCCAACUGGAAGCCCUUUUCGAUGAGAUGGCCAUAUCUCACCGCUUUGAUCGUUCUGUCGGUUGCCCUCGCCGUCAUGGUCGAGUUCCUGUACCAGAGAUCGCAGACUCAUCCUCUGGUCAAGUUCAAAAGUCCCGCCGAUGUUCCGGGGCUCGAGUACUUCGCCGUCAAGUUCCUGCCGACAAUCCUCUCCGUUACGUACGGUGUGUUGUGGCAGGUCACCGACUUUGAAGUGAAGCGUCUCGAAGCGUACUACCAGCUCUCGAAAGAAGGAGGUGCACUUGCAGCCGAGUCCAUCAACGUUGACUAUGUCACCAGCCUGAGUUGGCUGCGGCCUUUCCGAGCGAUCAAACUGCGGCAUUUUGCGGUCGCCGUGUCUUCCAUCGCGACCUCCCUGGCUGUGUCGUUGGUGCCAACCUUUGGCGCUGCGUCCUUCUUUUUGUAUCCCGAUAGGGCUACACGCCUUGCGCAUCCCAACGGCGACAAAGAGAUCAAACUGAAUGCCAUCUGGUCGAGGCUGCUAUCCUCCACCCUCUGCGUCUGCGCCCUCUGCGGAUGUAUCCUCUUCUACAUCCUCCAAAGGAGAAGGUCUGGUCUGUUGGCCGACGUCAAGGGCAUUGCAGGUCUCGCGUCCAUGGCGGUCGUCAGCCACAUCCUCGUGGACUUUGCGGACCUGGACGUCGUAAGCCACCGCGACAUCCACGACAAGCUGAAGCACCGCCGCUACGUCCUGCGCAACGCGUCGCUGGCCCCCGACGACGAGAACCCCGUGUCGUCGCAGGACACGGACAAGUACCGCGACGACCACCUGUCACAGAACCCGCACCCGCGAUCCCUGCGGCUCGGCGGCUUCCUCCCGUUCGUCAUCGGCAUCGCCCUCUUCACGGGCUUCAUCCCGGUGUUCCUCUUCUCCAGCGCCAGCAUCAUCACGUCCAAAGCGCCGUGGGUCGUGACCGCCCUGGCCGUCUGCAUCAAGCUGGGCUGGGGCGGCCUCGAGACCGAUAUGCGCAUGAUGGAGCCGUACUACAUCCUGUCAAAGAGGCACUCGUCGUCCAAGACGCUCACGCUCGACUACACGGCCAUGCCAUUCGCCCUGAUGCCGUUCCACGCCUUCCUCAACGCCCACACGCUCAUGUUCCUCGUCGGAUUCGGCAGCAUGAUGGCCGAGGUUCUGACGGUGCUGCUGACCAGCCUGGCCACGGUCGUGGGCACAGAGUUCCUCGACGCCGCCUACGCCUCGCCGCCGGACCAGCAGGAUCGACCCGGCGGUCACCACGGCGUCGAGGACGACGGCCCGGACCUCGGCGGCAUCAACGCUGGACAGGAAACCGUCUCGUCCUUUUGGAUCUCGUACGGCCUGGCGACCUUUAUCCUCGUGUACAUGGGCACCGUCGCGACCAUCGUGUUCCUCCGGCGGCGGCACCCGUUCCUGCCGCGGCAGCCCAACACCAUUUCGUCGCACCUCGCCUUCAUCCACCAGAGCAAGAUGAUUUACGACUUUGUCAACACGGCGCGGAUGAGCAACGCCGAGAUGGCGCGGUACCUCGAGGGGCUCGGCAAGACGUACGGGCUGGGCUGGUUCGAGGGCCGCGACGGGCAGACGCACUGCGGCGUCGACGAGGAGGAGCUGCUGGGGUACUAUAAGCACGGUAUGGAUUUCCAGGGGACGAACAAGCCGUGGAAUCAGCAGUGGGAUCAAUAUGAUUGAAUGUCGUUACCGUGGAACAUACAAACCAUGAGAGCGAGUUGGGAAAGGAAAAAAAGAAAAGGCGUUGAGAUGGACUACGAGGGGGAAAGGGGGCGGCAGCUGUAUCGGAUGGGUUAUGGAAACGGUGGUUUAAGCUGCUGCCUGGAGAUGAAUCGCAUGGAAACGAGCACGAAGGCGUUCAUUUCACUCGGAAAGGAACAUUUCUGAGUGGGAAAAGGAGGCGGGAGUUUUAUGGUUUUACAUUUUUACAUGAAAUAUGGUGGGAUUUAGACGCAUUUGAUGAAGAUGCAUGCGGGUUUUUGGCUUCAUGGUGGUGGGUGUUUGAGGAGCUUUAUUAUGGCUUGACGAGUACAGCGAUUGAGCGUACCGCAUGCAUACAGAAUUGAUUUGAUAGAUGAAGGAAUAUAACGAAUACCACUUCAACUUUUUACCAUGUAAUGAAUAAUCUCAUCGGUUGAAAAGAGCGCGCCCAUUUAGAGUACGUUCUCGAGUUGCAUCAGAUACCCGUAGAAAUCGUGACAUGCUGUACGCCAUACGAAAAUCGUAAGCCGGUCUGGUCUGGUCUGGUCUGGUCUGGUAAAAACAGCCAUGUCGCCGGUUGCCCUGUCGAUCCCCCGUGUUAGUGAGGGGGAGUGGCUCGCCGCCAUUGCCAGUUUGGUUGGUUGAUCACCAAGCCUCUGUUUUGUCGCGAGGUCGACGGGCUGGUACACUGUAUCGCGAUACAAGGGAAAAGAAAAUCGAGUUCGAAUCAAAUGAACCGAUCUCCUCUGGCUGUAACUACCAAUUGACUACUCGGUCAAUCUGAUUGUUUCUGUAGCAUUUGUAAGUCGGCGACUUUUCAGGAUUUCUGUCUGAACAUCCUCACAGACUGGUGUUCGCGGGCGACGGCUGACAUCACGCUGCAGGGGAAUUAUGCACACAAACGUCGAUUCCUUGUCUUCAGUAAACUGACAGCCCAAGCUAAGAACAAAUACGCGCUUCGCGGGGUCAACCCGUCAAUAUCCUGCGCAGGAUUUCCC